AUGUCGGACCGACCCCAAACUCCUUUUAUGGCAGCCCUCUUUUCCAGUUCUUCAGAAACUGAUACCUCGGCUGUUCCACGAUCCGCGGAAGCAUUCAAAACAGGCGACAUACUCUUGUGGACCGGUCACAAAGGAACUACACCUCCUCCAUCACCACCACCAACAUCUUCUUCUUCAUUUUCUUCGCCCCCCUCAACCAACAACUCGAACGAUGAUGCUAAAAUUCGUGUCGCUGUGAUUAAGAAACACGAAACCAUUAUUGCGGCGCCACGUUCACACCGAGGAGCAAGUUUGAACGGAGCUUCGACUACAAGUACCAGUAGAACUAUCAUGCCCGAAGAAGUUAGCGUUUUUUAUGAUAUACGAGUUGACGGGGAGACGAUCGUGCAAAAGGUCAAUGGGAAGGAGUUGAGAUGGCUCUGA